GGUUGGGCAGUCCAAAUUGAACCACAGGACAACAAGCAAACCAAGCAUCCAGCAGAGACUCUUCCAUCGACGAGGACAACAAUAUGGAAGGAAGAAGUUGCAGUUUCUCACGUUUUCUCUGUUAUGUUUUGUGUCUCGCCGCCUUCUGCGUAAUUCCCUCCGAGUCUGCAGUGAAGCGUUAUCAGUUUAACGUUCAAUUGAAGAACGUGAGCAGGAUAUGCCAUGCGAAGCCCAUCGUCACGGUGAACGGCAGGUUUCCAGGGCCUACCAUCUAUGCCAGGGAAGGCGACAGGGUCAUCGUCAAUGUUACCAACUACGCUCAAUACAAUCUCACCCUUCACUGGCAUGGUGUGAAGCAGUUCCGGAAUGGGUGGGCAGACGGACCAGCCUAUAUCACACAGUGUCCAAUCCUGACGGGGCGCAGCUACGUCUACGACUUCAACGUGACGGAGCAGAGAGGAACGCUCUGGUGGCAUGCACACAUCUUCUGGCUUAGAGCCACCGUCCACGGCGCCAUCGUCAUCUUGCCCAAGAAGGGCGUCCCAUACCCUUUCCCUCAGCCUGCUGCCGAAUUCAACAUCGUUUUAGGAGAAUGGUGGCACAAGGAUAUUGAGGCGAUGGAGAACCAAGCCAAUCAACUGGGUAUCCCGCCAAACUUGUCGGAUGCGCAUACCAUCAAUGGAAAGCCAGGACCGCUCUUCCCUUGCUCUGAAAAACACACAUACACAAUGGAGGUGGAGAGCAAUAAGACGUACAUGCUGAGGAUCAUCAAUGCUGCGCUCAACGAUGACCUCUUCUUCAACAUCGCCGGUCACAACAUGACGGUGGUGGAGAUCGACGCCGCCUACUGCAAGCCCUUCACCACCCGCGCCUUGCUCCUGACGCCAGGUCAGACCACCAACGUUCUCGUUCACGCCGCUCAGGCCCCCGGCAGGUACUUCAUGGCUGCAAAGCCUUUCCAGGACGCCGCCAUCCCCGUCGACAACAGGACCGCCACCGGCAUCCUUCAGUACAAGGGCGUCCCCACCACCAUCACGCCCAUCAUGCCGCCGCUCCUUGCUAAGAACGACACCAACUUUGUAAAGAGCUUCAACGACGGGCUAAGGAGCCUCAACUCUGCCCAGUACCCCGCCAUCGUUCCUCUUCACAUCGACCGCGACUUGCUCUUCACCGUCGGGUUGGGCAAGGACCCAUGCCCAUCGUGUGUAAACGGGACGAGGUUCAGUGGAUCAAUAAACAACAUCACCAUGUCACGGCCCACGGUGGCGCUACUUCAGGCGCACUAUUACAAGAUGGGGGGAGUUUUCAAGACGGAUUUCCCCGACCGGCCGACUUCCACUUUCAAUUUCACCGGCGCGCCUCCGGCGGCCAACCUUGGCACCAAGGUGGACACCAGAUUGAGCUGGAUCCCCUUCAACUCCACCGUCCAGUUGGUGCUCCAGGACACCAAUCUCCUGGGCGUCGAGUCCCACCCUUUCCACCUCCAUGGCUACAAUUACUAUGUCGUUGGAAGUGGAGUCGGCAACUUCGAUCCAAACAAAGACCCAGCUAACUUCAACUUGGUUGAUCCUCCCGAGCGCAACACAAUCGCUAUUCCUACGGCUGGAUGGACUGCCAUCAGAUUCAGAGCCAACAAUCCAGGCGUCUGGUUUAUGCAUUGUCACUUCGAAGUUCACACCUCAUGGGGGCUGACGAUGGCAUUCUUGGUGGAGAAUGGCAACCGUCCUGAAGAUAGUGUUGUGCCACCUCCUAAGGAUCUUCCUCCCUGCUGAGAUUUUUCAAAGAGUAGAAAGCACCCAAUGUCUAUAGCAGAUUGUGUUUUUGAAAGUUUGUUUCGAACUAAUUGUUGUUCUCCUGCCAAAACUUGCACGGAGGCAUCGACAAGUGUGACCCUUCAGAAUUGUGUGGAACAAUAUAACUGCAAUUUCAUUGCUUAUGCACUAGGGUAUUUGUUUUAUAGGUUCAAAAGUGGAACCUCGAUUGAAAUAAAAAGUAUUUGCAAGUA